GAUAUACUUUCUCGAUUCGUUUCUAAUUCUAGAACGGAAUGUACCACGAGUGCAUGCACUUACAUACAACGGAACGUCAUAAUCCCGAAGAAUGACAUUUAAAAUUUUGUAGUAAAAUCGACGAUAAGUGAAUACGUUAUUUAGAAGAGUUUGUUUUUUUUUUUUUUCAAACAAAAAGAUUUCAUUUCAUCAUCGCGGUUAGUCAUAUUGCAUGGAUCUUAAUACGAAAGAAGGGAAGACGAUAUGAACGUGAACAACGACGUGGAUCAACAUUUGUUACACCAAUUUAGCUGUUUGGGCACCACGGAUAAAGAUGAUUUAAUUAAACAGCUACAAAGAUUGUUAGCUGGUAGCCAAUUAAAUGAGGCAACCGCUGCGUUUUUCUUGGAUAUGAAUAAUUGGAAUUUACAAGCGGCGGUAUGUAGUUACUUCGAUUAUGAGUCACCAUUCAAACUUCCUUGUAUGACGCUAUUGUGCGACAGCACCAUAGGCGACGGAGAAUCUGUUCCGCCUAAUACAAAGUUUCAAAAGUCAUGGCGAAUUCAAAAUAGCGGUACUGAAACUUGGCCAAAUGGCGUUCGCUUACAACAUUCUGCUGGUACACCAUUGGGCGAUUGUAUGAAAGUGCCAGUUCCAUCCUUAGCUCCUAAAGAAACGAUAGAGAUAAGUGUCACUUUGACAAGCCCCGAGGAUUUGGGUGUUCACCAAAGCAAAUGGAGGAUGAUAACACCUGCUGGCUCUUAUUUUGGUGACAGUAUCUGGGUGAUCAUAAAUGUUAGUGAAUGUGGAACAUUGGCAGUAACACAACAGCUACAUCAAUUAAGUACUUCACAGUCUAAUGAUGUUCAGAUGUCAUAGCCUUUGACAGAUAAAAAUUCUCUCCAAACAUUUUUGCGACUUAUCCUCCACAUUUUCAAAGCGCUCUUGCUUUAUUCCUAAUUUUUCUUUAAAAAUACUUCUUUGUUAUAUAAUCUCUUUUCAUUUAUCAAAUAAUACUUUUAUUUUUCUUAUUAAUCAUGAACGAAAUGAAUAAUUACUAUAUUUAUUCGGGUAACUGAAAUUUUUAUGUUUUAACAAUAAGCCAUUAUCCUUCAUUUGGCUAUUUGAAAAUUGUUGGUUUAAUAUGAAGUUUUUAUUUCUUACCUUCUUUUAUCUUUUGUCUUAUUAAUUUUCAUUUUUAUUUUUAUUUUUUGUUUCUCUCUCUAUCUCUUUUAUUUUUUUUUUUUUUUUUUUUUUUUUUUUUUUGUUGAAAGAGAAGUAAUAUUAAAAAGGACACAAGAGACCCCAUAGAGAACGUGUAUAUUAAAUCAUGGGGUAAACAAGAAAUAAGAGAAAAAAAAAAAAGAAA